UCCUAUGAGCAUAUGGCAAAAAUCAGAAUAGCAAGAGAAGUUCCUCCAGAAUGCAACUGCCCACCAGGUCCUCCUGGUAAACGAGGUAAGCGAGGAAGAAGAGGAGAGAUUGGUAAGUUUGGCCCACCUGGUCCAAAAGGGGAGAAGGGAGAUCAAGGUGAUCAGGGCCCUCGGGGUCUUCCAGGCUUCCCCACAGUUGCCGCUCUUCACAGUAAUCAGAUCCUCACCGUCAAGGGAGACCAAGGACAAGCUGGGCCCCCUGGGCCACCUGGACCUCCAGGACCAAGGGGCCCACCUGGAGAUACUGGGAAGGAUGGCCCCCGGGGGAUGCCUGGUGUGCCGGGAGAGCCAGGAAAGCCAGGGGAACCAGGCUUGAUGGGACCUGAGGGGCCCCCAGGACAAAAGGGCUCUCUUGGUGCACCUGGUGUUUCAGGAAUGGAUGGACAACAGGGUGAACCUGGUGUAAUGGGAGAGAGAGGAUUUCCUGGGCUUAAGGGUGACCCUGGACAUCGGGGAGAAAGGGGUGAUCCAGGAGAAGCUGGGCCAAAGGGCGAUGCAGGAGAGAAGGGUGAUCCGGGGUCUUCUGCUGCAGGAAUAAAGGGGGAACCUGGAGAAUCAGGCCGACCGGGACAAAAGGGUGAACCUGGACUCCCUGGGCUUCCUGGACUACCUGGUAUUAAGGGUGAGCCAGGUUUCAUAGGCCCACAGGGAGAACCUGGAUUACCGGGGUUGCCUGGGACAAAGGGUGACAAGGGAGAAGCAGGUCCUCCUGGGAAAGGUGAACGAGGUGAACCAGGAGUUCCAGGGCCAAAGGGUGAUCCUGGAGACAAAGGCGAUUUAGGUGCUGUAGGUCCAAAGGGCCCACCUGGACAAAAAGGUGAUCAAGGUGCCACAGAAAUCAUCGACUACAAUGGCAAUAUCCAUGAAGCCUUACAGGGUCCUCCUGGCCCUCCUGGCCCCCAGGGAUUGCAAGGGUCCAAGGGUGAGCCUGGAUCCCCAGGAAUGCCAGGUGCUGAUGGGGAGCAGGGGCCUAAAGGCUCAAAGGGGGAGAUGGGUGACCCCGGAAUACCAGGAGAAAAAGGAGGGAUUGGACUCCCAGGAUUGCCAGGCUCCAACGGUAUGAAAGGAGACAAAGGAGAUGUUGGCUUGCCAGGUCCUCAAGGUCCUUCUAUUAUAGGACCCCCAGGAUCUCCUGGCCCACAUGGUCCACCGGGGCCUAUGGGACCUCAUGGACUACCAGGCCCAAAGGGUGAACCAGGGUUAAAUGGUCUUAAAGGAUUGAAGGGUGAACCAGGUCACAAGGGUGACAGAGGGCCCCUUGGUCUUCCAGGAGCAUCUGGCUUAGACGGAAAGCCAGGACCCCGGGGUGUAGAUGGCCCAGCUGGUCCACAUGGUCUUGCAGGUCCAAAAGGAGACAGAGGUGAAAAGGGAGUUUCAGGAGAUCCUGGGCCCAGAGGACCAUAUGGCUUGCCUGGCAAAGAUGGAGAACCUGGCCUUGAUGGUUUCCCUGGUCCUCGUGGAGAAAAGGGUGAUGUAGGAGAAAAGGGAGAAAAGGGGGAAAAGGGAAAGAAAGGCAAAAAGGGGCCUAAAGGGGAGAAAGGAGAACAGGGUGCUCCUGGAUUAGAUGCACCUUGCCCAUUGGGGCCAGAUGGGUUACCAAUGCCUGGCUGUUGGCAAAAGUGAUGAAUCUAACUUUGCAAGCAUGAAGUUGUGUAUAUAAAACGCUCCACCUCUUGUAUUUAUAGUUGAAAAUGGAACAAUUGAUUUUACAAGUCUGAAAUAUGUUUACACGUAGCUGCUUCUACUUGUUUGCAGUAGUCCAUGUGUACAUCUAUUCGUCAUGUACAUCUGCAAUCCAGCAAAAUAUAAACUAUGUGAGACACUU